AUGUAUACUCAACUGCAUAAUCCGAAUAACUUCCACCGUAACGGUGAUAUAUCCAAUUAUGUUGAAAAUGCAGAAUGGACCGUUGACGAGUUUGCAAUAGAAAGACAUGUGUUAUACUACAACUGUUGUCCUGAGCCGUAUCCAGACGUCACAUUUUACGUUAUAAUGAAACGUCGACCCACGUUCUAUAUACUGACAAUGAUAUUUCCUUGUAUACUGACAGCUGUUAUCUCAGCCCUCGGUUUUGUACUACCUGCAGAGUCCGGGGAGAAAGUAUCACUUCAGGUUACCGUGUUGUUGUCAUUGGCAGUAUUCUUACUCCUUGUCUCCGAAUCUCUUCCUCCGUCCUCGGACAAUUUCCCAGUAAUUGGUAACUUUCUUUGA